GAGCCCGCCUGGAGGAGGCGGUCGCUGGCGCUUGGCCCGCCCCUCGCCCGCAUUAGAUAUCCCGCACCCCGCCGGCCGCCUCCUUCCUUCCUUCUGUCCUUCCUCGCCGGCUGCCGAGGAGCUGCGCGGCGCGGCUGGUCCUUUGAGGAGACGGGACGUGGCACCACCAUUCGCCAGGAUGCUGAAGAGAACCUUGACCAACUUUGGCAAGAAGCUGAUCCGGCAGCGGACCGUGGACCUGGGCUCACAGGAAACUCAGCUGGCCCGCUGCCUCUCCACCGUAGACCUGAUUGCUCUAGGCGUAGGCAGCACCCUUGGGGCAGGGGUCUAUGUUUUGUCCGGAGAAGUGGCCAAGGAUCAGGCUGGCCCAUCGAUUGUGCUCUGUUUCUUCGUUGCGGCCGUCUCAUCUGUUUUGGCUGGCCUGUGCUAUGCAGAGUUUGGCGCCCGGGUGCCCAAAGCUGGUUCUGCCUACCUCUACAGUUAUGUCACCGUUGGGGAAAUUUGGGCCUUCACCACAGGGUGGAAUCUCAUUCUCUCCUACAUGAUAGGGACAGCAAGUGUGGCUCGGGCCUGGAGCUCCACCUUUGAUCACAUCAUUGGGGGCCACAUCUCCACUUUCUUCCGGAAUCACACAGCUUUGCACCUGGAGAAUGUGCUGGCCGAGUAUCCCGACUUCUUUGCUCUCUUCUUGGUGCUGCUGCUCACAGGCCUGCUCUCGUUCGGAGUGAGCGAAUCUGCCCUGGUGAAUAAAAUCUUCACGGCCAUCAACUUGCUGGUGCUCAGCUUUGUCAUCGUUGCGGGUUUUGUGAAAGGAGAUGUCAAGUACUGGAACCUGUCCAAGGAAGAUUAUCGGAACCUCUCGCAAAACCUCUUGGAGUCUGGAGACAAGGACCACUUUGGCAAUGGAGGGUUUGUCCCCUUUGGCUUUGAGGGAGUCCUCUCGGGGGCUGCCACCUGUUUCUACGCCUUUGUUGGAUUCGACUGCAUCGCCACCACAGGUGAGGAAGCGCGGAACCCUCAGCGGUCAAUCCCCAUCAGCAUCAUCAUCUCCCUCCUCAUCUGCUUUGUGGCCUAUUUUGGCGUUUCGGCUUCCUUGACCUUGAUGGUCCCCUAUUUCCUGGUGGAUAAAGAGAGCCCGCUGCCCGAUGCCUUCAAGGCUGUGGGCUGGGAGCCUGCCCGCUACGUGGUGGCCAUCGGCUCCCUCUGUGCCCUCUCUACCAGUUUGCUUGGCUCCAUGUUCCCCAUGCCGCGAGUGAUCUAUGCUAUGGCUGAAGACGGACUGCUCUUCCGGUUCCUCUUCCGGGUUCACAGCCGGGCCAAGACUCCCUUGGUGGCCACUGUCGUCUCAGGCAUCAUUGCAGCCCUGAUGGCGUUUCUCUUUGAGCUGAAGGACCUGGUCAACCUGAUGUCUAUUGGCACGCUCUUGGCGUACUCUCUGGUGGCUAUUUGUGUGCUCAUCCUCAGAUACCAACCUGAGCUAUUGAGGUUCUCCAAAGAUCUGGAAAUGCUCGAGAUAAAUGGAAGUGAAGAAGAAAAGAUGACCAUUAAUUCCACAGUCGGUGACAACCAGAAUGCAUUCAAGGAGAAGUUCAGCUGCAGGAGUCUUUUCUUCGCCUCCGAGGACAUCCCAACCCAUGUGUCAGGGCGCAUUGUCUACAUCAGCACCACGGUCAUAGCUGUCACGAUCACUGCCCUGUGUGGCAUCCUGGCCCAUAAGUGGGCAGCCCUCCAGGAGGGCAGUGUCGGCUGGGUCAUUGCCUGUGUCAUUCUCCUGGGCCUUUUGGUCGCUGGCACCGUCAUCAUCUGGAGGCAGCCAGAAAGCAAGACACGCCUCACUUUCAAAGUGCCUGGCCUGCCGUUGCUCCCCCUCUUCAGCAUCCUGGUGAACAUCUAUCUCAUGAUGCAGCUCGAUGCAGGAACCUGGGCCCGCUUUGCUGUCUGGAUGGCCAUCGGCUUUGCCAUCUAUUUUGGUUAUGGGCUCCAGCACAGCGAAGAAGGGCAGGGGCCCCAGCAGUCCCAGUCAGCCGCCAACAAAGGCCUGCCUUCGGCCAACUCUGAGCUGAGCCAAGAGGUCGCCAUCUGAGAGAAGCGGCUGCUUCUGUCCUCCUUCCACUGCCGUGGACACCCCCGAGUUCUUGUUCGCCUCCUGCCCCACCCUUUGAGAAGGAAGCCGUGGCAUGUGGGACCUUCAGUGGUACAUUGGACUCAACCUGUGGCAGCAGCUUCAUUUCGCCGAGGGGAAUAAAGCAAGCCGGGACAAAAUUUAGGGGGCAGCCUUUUCUCCUAGGUGGGAUGGGGAGGGGAGAGCGACCUUCAGACGAGCUGCCGCCACACAUGGUUUAUUUAUUAACCCGGCUUUGCUGGCUAGAUUGCCUUCCUCAGACCUAGAUGUAUGUAAAAGUGUCAAAUGUGAAGAGUCCCCAAAUGAUCUCCAGGACUAUCAGUCUAGUUUUAACUAUUGUUUGUAUGUCAUUUUUUUCCAAAACUGUUGUUUUUUUUUAUAUCGUACAACUCCAUGCGCUUAGCUUUUUUUAAAAAGUUGGACUCAUCUGAAGCCCUGUCAGAGGCCUUUUGGCCCUUGGUCCUGGGUCUCCGGCAGAAGCCAUCUGGCGGCCUUCAGAAAUGUAGACAGCCUGGGAGUUGUAGCCGUGGAGUAUUAGGCUGGAGCAUAAUUGCUUAAAUCAUCUCGGUGGUUUGGAGCUCUGCCGUUUUUCUUGCCCAACAUUGUCAAAUAGGUCCCUGGGGUUUCUCAAACAAAAUAAAAACGGAUUAUUUCUACCAAUGGGAUACAAAACUGGCUUACCCAACAUGCUCACAUAUAUGGCUUCAACGUCCUGUACACAACAUCGGCCCACAAUAGUUUAUUCGCGAGAGCAGACUGCAGUGCCUUGAAUGAAUCGGCCCAGUACAGCUGAGUAAAGUCAUAGUAAAAUAAGUCAGUUUGUUAUCAUGAAACUAAGCGUGGAGAUAAUCACCGCAUCAUCAGCCUUAGGGGCUCCCCCAUGCUGGGAGGUGAGGAUGCAAGAGAAAGGGAGGGAAGCUGGGCACUGACCUCGUGGUCAGAAGCUGACACCAGGAGAGGCCUUGACCCCGGUGUUGCCACCUUCUGGACCAGAGGGAGGGGCUAAAGCGGGAGGCCGAGCAAGCAUGUAACGCCUGCUGUGUCUGGUUGCUUAGAACGAAGCCAGCAGCAGACCACAGCUGGCAAAAGCUCAAAGCAAAGUGAGGUCGAUGCCAGACGUCAUCUGUUGCAAAGAUGGCAAAGCCAGUAAACCCUCACUGGCUCCAGAAAAGGGUGGAGAUUUUUUCCCUCCUAAUAAAAGAAUCCAAAUAUAUUGUCCAGCUAGUGAUUUCCUGUUUUGGCCCAUCCUGAAACUGGCAAGGAAAUCAGUCCCUAACUUGGAAGGCACCAGGUUGGCAAAAACAGGAUUGGGGUAGCUUGUUUUCUCCAACUGUUAAGGGAAAAAGUGGGAUGCUUUCUACCACGAUGCAAAUCAUUUACCUUGGACUGGGAAAAUAAUUUCGAGAAUUCCCCAGAAAGCUGGAUAGUGACGUUGGUUGUAUGUACGCAGAUACAUACAUCGCUUGCAUCAGAAGGCCAGGCUUUCUAACAACUGCACCAGAGCCAAGUUCUAUAAUGCCAAAGCCAUUUCAAACUUCACGCAGCUCUGUUCCAAGUCUUAUGAUUAAUUUCCCCAACGUUUCCAAAAGCAAAUUGUGAAUGUGCAGGGCCAACACUCAAUUUGUUGUUGUGUUUUGGAAGUUAGCUCUGUACACACACUUUUGACGCUUCCUCUUUCUGAAGAAAAUUUGGUACAAUCUCAGUUCAGGGUUUGUAACUCAGUGGCAGCAUCUUCAUGGGCAGAAGGUCCCAGAUCUUCAGAGAAGGGCUGGGGGGCACCGUGUCUGGGAACCCACCCUCAGAUAAAUGGGCCAGUUCAGCAAAGGCAGCUUCUCGUGGUCCUAACUUUACAUUAUUUGGCAGUCUUCCUCAGACCAAGAGGGGAGAUUUUCACUUGUCUUAACAGAACUUUGUUGUCUUGUUUGAACAUCUACGUUACAUGUGCACAAACAUUCUUCAACAUGAACAUAGUACACAGCAUCUUAAUGCAUUUGUUGGACCAAAUAAAAUGUUGUGCUAUUA